GUCAUUUACAGAGUACUUUAGAGUUCCUAAAGACCCAAACCUCUUGAUUUUCUGAAGUCAUCUCCUUCCUCUCUGCACGGCGACACCGGCAAUUUAGACCGACGGGAUUCCUUGCCUCUCCCAUCUUGAUCUCCAAUAAUUUCAAGUAGGUGUGACAUUGUUGGAUAAUGCAUGGACGGCCUAGAAACCCUUCAAAGCCCGAAGAUGAAGCAGCUUCUGCUGCUAAAGCCUCUAAAUUACGUGCCCUUCAAUCUCAAUUUCUCAACUAUCAUCACAGUCGAAAUUUCGACAAAGAAGCUGUAGAAAUCAGCGCUAAGCUGCUUGAGACCAAUCCAGAAUUCUACACUGCCUGGAAUUAUCGAAAACUCGCUGUUGAAUAUUUUCUGAGUCAACCCGGCUCCGAUCCCGAGUCAAUUUUGAAUGAGGAACUCCGUGUUGUAGAGAGUGCGCUGAGACAAAAUUUUAAGUCAUAUGGAGCAUGGCAUCAUCGUAAAUGGGUUCUUAGCAAGGGUCAUUCAUCCGUAGACAAUGAAUUACGACUCUUAGAUAAGUUUCAGAAGGCUGAUGCCCGGAAUUUUCACGCAUGGAACUAUCGCAGAUUUGUGGCAGCGCUAAAGAAUAUUGCAGAUGAAGAUGAACUGGAGUAUACCACCAAUAUGAUUGAAACAAAUUUCAGCAAUUAUUCUGCCUGGCAUAACCGCAGUGUGCUACUGUCAAAUUUACUUAAACAAAAAGCCGAGGGAUAUUUUCCUAAAGAGAAGAUCUUAGCUGAGGAGUACGACCUUGUGCACCAAGCAAUAUUCACUGAUUCCGAUGACCAAAGUGGCUGGUUUAAUCAUCUUUGGCUUCUUGAGCAAACAAUCACGAAGGAUACUCCUUGGUUGAAUUCAUCUUGGCCUGCUUCUGAUUCUGAGCUCAUUAUAUCAGCAAGCAAGUCAGCAUCUGGUUGUAUGGUUUCGUCAUCUGCAAGAUACUCCACUGAUGGGGGAACAAUACCUGUGAUUCUAUAUUUUAACCAAUCUGUUAGAGGUGUGAACUCUUCUACUGUAGCUGUCAGGUCUUCCCUAGCAGAAAGUAAAGAUAUCAUUUGGAGACCUCUUUCCGUAGACAAAUAUGAGAGUGCCCAGGCCUGGGUUGCACUGCUUAAUUUUUCUGAUGUGCCACUUGAUUAUUCCAUUGCUUAUCCAGUUGAAGUUCGUGUGGGAGACUCUUCUGAGAUCAUCUCUUUGAGUGGGAGCUCCUUAAGUCAUGUGUUUGAAUUUAAAUUUGUAGUCCGCUUUCAGCAACACGAUUCAGGAGAGGCUGAUGGGCAGAAUCUAGAAGUAAUUUUGUGGGAAGAUUCCAAUUUUCAAAAAUAUGAAAUGGACUCUGGGGAAUCAAAUCUGUUCUCAUUAUUUAACCAAUUGCAAAUUGACGCGGAUCAAGCAGGUGUUGAUUCUAAGUGGAAAGUAAAUAUAUUGGCCAAUGAGAUUGAGCUCUUCCGUGAACUCUCAGCUGCAGACUGCAAAAUAGGAAAGCUUACACUUGCAAGGUUGUUGACAGCACUAGAUAAAAUUGUUUCAGAAAGCAGCACUUUAAAUUCUUCUCAGAUGGUGCAUACUGAAGAAGUUAUGGCUUUGUAUUGUGAUUUGAUGAAAAUGGACCCUCCUCACUCAAAAUAUUAUAAAGAAGAGCAUAGUAUGGCCUUACUACGACAGGUUACUUGUUGCAAGGACAGCUUGUCGAGAUAUUGUUGGCACUAUGGGAAAAUAGCCAAAACAAAUAAUGAGAGCUUUAUAUGCGUGCGUUUAAAUAGCUUAUCGCUAGCAAGAAUUGGGUCCAUUGAAAAUCUGUUGUGGGUUCAAAUGCUAGAUCUAAGCCAAAACGAACUUGGAUCGGUUGAAGGGUUGGAAGCAAUGCAACUUCUUUCUUGUUUGAACCUGAGUAAUAACAAGAUCAAGAGUUUUACAGCUUUAGAUCCGUUGAGGCAUUUGAAGUUGCUUAAAGUGCUAAAUAUCUCGCACAACAAGAUUGGGGAGCAUUCAAUUGACAGCACCAGGUACUUGUGUUCCUCUUCUUUGUCUCACACAGUAGCAAAUGAUUGGAAGUUGGGCCUAUCGUCGGGUGAUGUCGACCAACUGACAAAAUAUUGGGAGGCUUAUAUAAUCUUUAGAGAUUUAACUUUGACUCAGCUUGAGAUAACAGGGAAUGCCAUUGUUGAUGAAGAUUUUAGAUCGUUUUUGCGUAAAAUUUUGUCAACAUUGGAGUGGCUUGAUGGAACAAUUUUAUAGAUUUGUUCAAUUAAUGCUUGUUACUAAAAACGCAUAUGAUGUCUGAGGUUUUUUUAUUUUAUUUUAUAACGUUUUCUUUACAAGGCAAGAAAUUAUAUAUAGAUGGCAGAUUGAUAUGCUUUACCUUCGUAUUUUUUAAUUAUCCCUUUUUUUUUUUUGGGUACUGUAUUGGACAUCAUAAUUUGUCCCAAUUGGAUGAGUUAUUUUUGAUUGUAUGUGCUACAUAUAAUUCAAGUUGUUUAGUUAUGGAUUUUUUUUUUUAUAAACCACUAACAUUUAAUUUGCACAUUUUGUAAACAACUACCAUUUAAUUUUUUUUUUUGUUUUUAGGAAAAAUUGCCUAGAAUAAUCCAAACUUUGGCUUAUUUGCCCAGAAUAAUCCCAACUUUGGAUGAUUUUAAAAUAAUCCGAACUUUAAUGUGAAAUUAUUCUCAAAGGCCCCAAGUGACCAGUAACCGGUAGAAUAGGUAAUUUUUUUUUUUCAAGUUUAACUUACAUGUGUCACCAUGUGAUUGCUCAAAAAUUAUAAUUAACACUUAGAAAAGAUUAUCAGUUACUUAUAAACUAAUUAUUUUAAAAAUAAAUUAAAAAAAAACCACCACCACUAGCCACCUUCCCCACCCCAACACUCGCCGCACCCAAAACCCCCCUCCCUUGCGCCGGCGUUCGCCCAGACCCCUUGCGUCGCCCCCUAAAACCAUAAACCCCACCACAAAACCCCCCUCAGCUUCCUACCCUAAAAAAGGCUAAAAAACCCCUCCCGCGUCUUAUAUAAUCCCCCAAAUCGCCUCUGCCCCACCUUCAAAACACUA